AUGGAUAACGCUAGGGAGCAUAUCCAUUCCGUACGCGCAAAAAUGUCGUCGUUCCGGUUCAUAGCAAGUACCAUUUCUUCACAGUCUAGCACGGCGGGGUCCUGGCCAGCAACGUCAAGUGUGGACAUUGGCCACUCUUCUUACCGUCGCUUCAAAACACCCAAAAACCCGCUGGUCACACGAAAGAACGGCAUAGGCUCCAAGGCGUCGGUGCUAAAGGCGAUCUUGUCUAAACACCGUGUGCCUGUGGAGAAGACGGUUCAUGAUCAGCAAACGGGCUUCAACACACACGUCGCCUUACAGGCCAAUGUUGCCAUGCUAGAUUUCGCCAAAAAGCUUCCGCUAGAGGAGCUGCGUAUGAUCGGCUAUCAGCCCACUGUACCGACGUCUGUCAAGCGGGGUAACACAGCGGUGUCGGAAGAGCGGACGACAGAUUCGAAGACUCUACACUUUGGUCCGAACAGCGACUCUACAUGGUCAUUUGCAUGCAGUUCAGCACGCCGGAUCGAACGCGGCCAUACAGCACCGGAUGAGGAUGACGACACGUUGUCGUUUGAGAGCUUGCUGGAUUGGGUCGUAGGCCCCGACAGGGACAAAGUCGAUACUGAUGCAACUCGCGAACCGAACACGAACGACACAUGGAAUGCACCUAGAGUACUUGAAGAUGCGCGCGACGCUGGUAUCGGCACUGCUGGCCGUUCCACACGGAAUUUGUCUUUGAGUCAUCGAUCGGUUGAUUCGUGCGAUCUCUUUCUUCAGUCAAUUAGCUUCCCGAUUCACGAGACGAGCUUUUCGAUGAUGAGCGACGAGGAGUUUGAGGCACUUCCGGACUGGUCCGACGUAGAGGAAGAAGACGAGUACAACGUGUACUUGGAGCGAUAUCACCAUUGGUCGAACACGAACAGUGCGUAUUCAUCCAGACUAUCGAUGGAGGCAGACUUUGUCUUUCCCACGAUAUCCGUCCCCCCAGGCUUCUCAGCGGCUGUCUUGAUGAAUACCGGCGGCAAUGGUUGUGGAGGAAAUGACAAUGGCAUCGGCCAGGCAACAGCAGGAUGA